ACGUUUCCACAAAUGUUAUAAAAAAGCCACCCCACUAAGAUCCACAUUUCUCCUCCAUUUCCUCUUCUGGGCCACCAUGGAAACACAUCAUGUUCUGCUUGUUCUGCUGGUGAGCGCAUGCACUGUCCAAGUUUCUAUUCAAGGGCCAAGUGAAAGCAGACUGUUUGAAGCUCUGUUGCGUGAAUACAAUAGACUGGAGAGACCAGUCUACAAUGAGACUCAGACUCUCAACGUUGAAGUCGGCAUCGUCCUGAGGCAGAUCAUGGAUGUGGAUGAGAAGAGCCAGGUGUUGACAACCAACAUUUGGCUGCAAAUGUCCUGGCAUGACUAUAAAUUACAAUGGGAUGCAGCUCAGUAUGAGGGCCUGGACACUCUACGAUUUCCUGAUAAUCUCCUUUGGAAGCCUGAUAUUCUACUUUAUAACAGUGCCGACCAAAAAUUUGAUCCCACCUUCAAUUCCAAAAUUGUGGUUAGCUCCUCUGGCAAAUGCUUGCAUAUCCCUCCAGGGAUAUUUAAGAGCACCUGCCGAAUUGAUACCCGCUGGUUCCCCUUUGACAUCCAGAAAUGUGACCUCAAGUUUGGCUCCUGGACUUAUGGGGGCUUGUCUUUAGACUUAUCACUGAUCGAGGCAGACAUCAGUGAAUAUGUUCCUAAUGGAGAGUGGGACCUUGUUGUGGUUUCAGGAAAGAAGAAUAACCGCAUUUAUGAGUGCUGUACGGAACCCUAUCCUGAUGUCACGUACACCAUAGUGAUGCGCAGACGGACUCUCUUCUAUGUACUCAAUCUGCUCAUCCCCUGUAUCCUGAUCUCCAUUUUGGCCCUUUUUGUCUUCCUGCUGCCUGCUGACUCAGGGGAGAAGAUAUCGUUGGGAAUCACAGUCCUACUCUCCCUAAUCGUCUUCAUGCUGCUACUUGCAGAAAUUAUGCCGGCCACUUCAGACUCUGCCCCUCUAAUAGUUCAGUACUUUGUCAUCACCAUGGGCAUUGUUGCGCUCUCUGUGAUUCUCACGGUUGUGGUCCUACAAGUUCACCAUCGUGACCCUAACGCAGUAAGGAUGCCAAAGUGGAUCCGUGUGGGCCUCCUUGAAUGGUGUGCCUGGUUUCUGCGCAUGAAGCGUCCAGGUGAGGACAAAACACAGAGCAGUCCGUCCAGCGUGGAUGUCAAAGCCAAAAUGGAGAGUGGUCACUCGGCCUCACCAGAGUCUGGUGAGGGAGAGCUUCUCCUCAACAAAUAUCCGAGCCCCACAGUCAGCAGCAGUGAAUCAGAGCUCGCCAACAUCCUUGAUGAAGUGCGCUAUAUUGCUAAACGUUUCCGUGACCAGCAACAGGUGGAGACCAUGCGCAGUGAUUGGAAAUUUGCUGCUGCUGUGAUCGAUCGUCUUUGUUUCGUGAUUUUCUUGACAUUCAUUGUCCUCUGCACCUUCGGGUUUCUUAUGUCAACACCAAACUUUACUGAGGAUGUUUCCAAUGUGCUCUCUUGAGAAUGUGGUACAAAAAUAAAUACCACAGUGAAAGCAAAAAUUCACAUCAUUUAUCUAUCUUUUUUUAAGCACGUGGUCAUCUAGAAACAGUCAGUCUGGUGGAUCACUAUAUAUUGUAUGUUAGUUAUCCAUAUACUGCCAGGGUAUGCCUAGUAUUUGAAUGUACAGUGCCUUGCAAAAGGUGUCAGUCCCUUGACUUUUUACCAUUAUUGUGACAUUACAACCAUUAAUUCAAACAAGUUCUUUAUUGGAACUUUAUUUGAUGAAUCUGCACAAAUGAACGUGUGCUGGUUAUUUUAUCUUAAUGCUUGCUAUAAUCCCAUCAAUUAGCAGAAGACUGUAUAUCCUCAGUUAGAUUAUUUAAUCACGCCUAGAAGCUCGACGAUAUGAGGCCGCUCUACCGCACAGUUGUCGGUUCAAAAUGAUACCUGUUCUUAUUUUGUUUUUGGCCACACCCAUGCAGGAGAGCAGCAAAACUUCACAAAUGAAUGCAUAUGCCCCAAAUCUGAUUUAAACUAUUUGAAGAGUGUAUACAACUCUAAGUAUGCGAUGCGUCUGCAGUAUGAACGCUCAUUCGUUCACAUUCGACCUCGACAUGAUUGAAAGCCCAAAUUUUCAACUCUCGUUGGAGUGGUUUAUAGCUAAGUGUGAAGCGGUUGGGAUGAGAACCAGCCUCUGCAAUUCUAAAACCAUAAUACUCAAUCGGAAAAGGGUGAAGUGCUCAUCGAUAAGAUCCUGCCCUACUUGGUGAAGUUUAAGUAUCUUGCAGGCAGGUUAGCACAGUGUAUGCAGUGAUGCGGACUUUGCAUUGGUCUUUUGUGGUGAAGGAAGGAGCGCAACUGAAAGUGGAAACUCUACCUGGGGCUGACAUUCCCAUAACACAGAUGACGCACCGCGUGCCGGGCCCCUAUGGGAAUGGUCUUUGUAAGUGGCAGGUGGGCUUUCACUUGUACAGCGCUUUUCUACCUUAGGUAUUCAAUGUCGUGGGAUUUUGGCCUAUUUUGUACUUUCUGAAAGUCUUGCAAAGUUUUCUUUUGGGAAAUCAGAGUAUCAGUGACAGGCCAUUUUCGGAAGGUGUGGCUGAAUCCCAUAGGCUCAAAGGCGCAUUACGGUUUGGCUUGCAGUCUGCCACAGAUGUCAGUACAUUCCUUCCUCCUGGACUGCGAUAUUGUGAUGGGUUCCUCAUGUUUCUGAUGUGGGUCUGAGGAUGGCUCGACACUCACAAUCUGAUAGAUAGGACAGUUGCCUGAAAAUUCCAAGCUGUGUCUGUCAUUUGUCUCACUGCAGCAUUUUAUAAUAUGGAUGGUGCUGGUCAGGGGGACAGAGGGUUGCAUGUUCUAGGCCAGGCCAUUGAAUAAAAGAUGGAAAUGAGGACUAUUUCUGGGAAGAGCCCAGUGUGACCGCCAAUCACUGCCGAACAAAAUACAGAGCAGUGAACUUAAGGAGUGCACGUGCAACCACAAUUUUUGUUUGGUUUGUUUUUCAACUGAAUUGCGCAGGUACGUAUUCUCAUAUUUCCUUGAAAAAA